CGGCCCAGAGAAUCCAUACUAAGUCCUGGUUCAAGUCUCUGCUAAGGCUAAGAGCGAGCAGCCAACAGGGUCUCUGGCUUCCCCACCAUGCCUACAGCCUGCCUUUCUGCUUUUCAGGAAGGCCCAAACAAGACGGGGACGUUAUGUGCCUUGGACUGUGGGGCUGGCAUUGGCAGGAUCACCAAGCGGCUGCUCCUGCCUUUGUUCAAAGUGGUGGACAUGGUGGAUGUGACGGAGGACUUUCUGGUGAAAGCCAAGACCUACCUGGGUGAGGAGGGCAAGAGAGUGCGGAACUACUUCUGCUGCGGCCUCCAGGACUUCAGCCCCGAGCCCGGCUCCUACGACGUCAUCUGGAUCCAGUGGGUGAUAGGCCACCUGACUGACCAGCACCUGGCUGAGUUCCUGCGGCGCUGCAAGCGGGGCCUGCGCCCCAAUGGCAUCGUGGUCAUCAAGGACAACAUGGCCCAGGAAGGGGUGAUCCUGGACGACGUGGACAGCAGCGUGUGCAGGGACCUGCAGGUGGUGCGCAGCAUUGUCCGCCGCGCGGGCCUCAGCCUGCUGGCCGAGGAGCGGCAGGAGAACCUCCCAGACGAGAUCUACCAUGUCUACAGCCUGGCCCUCAGAUGAGCCCGGCUGCUCUGCAGGGACUGGGCCUGAGGCCCGAGGGGAGGGUGGGAAGGCUGGCGGCCGAGAGCCAGGGGCUGCAUGUCUGACCGUGCCAAGGUCACUAAGUAUCCUGUCUGCCACAGCCUUUUUAUAAAGGCAGGGGUGGAGCCCAUGUGGGCUGAGGGGUCCGUCCUGAGGCAGAACUCGGGGUCUAGGCUCUCACCAUCUGCUCUCAACUAGAUGUGGCUGCUCUUGUAGAGAAGCAGAGUAACCUGGGGCACCUGGGAGGCGUGACCUGGAGAACACCACCCACACGGAGCUGGUGGUGGCCAAGGCCCCUGGCUGGGACUGCCUGUGCAGCUUAUGGGAACAUACAGCUUCUGACCGCUCAGUGAUGGGGCCCUGGUGCCUGCGAUGAAUACAGCCGCCUGCAGCAGGCGAGCGAGGCCUGUGGCCUUGUCCUGUUUCCAUCAAAAAUAAAGGGUGGACUCCAUGUGCUCUGAAGGCC